CGCGCGGGUGUGAGCAGGUGCGCGCAGAUGCGCGCUUGGCGUACACACAUUCGUGUGCCAAGGCGUUUGUUGUUUUGCGCACAGAGGAUAAAGAGCUCCAGGAAGUCUAUCAGAAGAAAGAAAGAAAGAAAGAACGAACGAACAGAAAUGGCACGCAAAGCGUCACUUUCCUUGCUGGAAGCAGUGGCGAUGGUAACGGAGCCUGGCAGUGACGCCGAGUCCGAUGUGGACACUUUUUAUACAGAUGAAGAGUUGGAUUACCUGGAGGAUCUGGACCCUAUUGAAGAUGCUGAGUCAGAGGAUGUUCCUCAGGCUCCUCCAGAUUCCCCUGUGCCAUUCACUUCAGGUGUCUCCCCAGCUUCAUCAGUGUCUACAACCCCAGCCACCCGUCCAGAACCAUCAACACCUUCAACACCUACGAUCUCCUCUGAGAGCAGGAGGAGGGGCAGGGAUGGAGGACAUGGAAGAUCCAGAUCUCCACUCCUCAGUACUUCAUCUCCAUCACCACACUUACUAACCACCACACCAGGAAGACCGCAGCAGGCAAGGAUCAUAUGGGAGGCUGUCAUGUGUGCACUGCUGACAAACACAGGGGAAGAGGCAGUGUACUGCAUGGAAAUGCAAGGCCUGUGAUGUGGCACUAUGCCUGGUGCCUGAUAGGAACUGCUUCCAUGAUUGGCACUAGUGAAGGACUUGGACGAGUGCACUUUUUUUUGUUUUGAGGGCAAAAAUGACAUUUUUAGAAUACCUACAAACUUCAUAUUUUGCACUUUUGUAGCUAAGACCCUAAACUAAGUAUUUAUUAUGUCUAAAAAGUUGUUUAUACAUGUUUGCUGUGUGUUUUGAAUAAAGGAGUGUGAAUAUUA